AUGCCGACCAAGUCCUUAUAUCCCACCGUGGACAUUCCAAACGUCGACAUCUGGACCCUCCUUUUUAACCGGAAGGAUAGACAGUUUCCAGAUAAUAAGAUAAUAUACCAAGAUGCCGAAACCGGCCGAUCGUAUACCUACGAGCAAGUUCGAUCCACCGCUCUUGAAUUUGGCACUGGUCUGAAGGCAAAUUGGGAAUGGAAGAAGGGCGAUGUCCUUGCUGUGUUCUCUCCGAACAGCAUCGAUAUCCCGCCGUUGACAUGGGGCACCCACUGGGCUGGUGGCGUCGUUUCUCCCGCCAAUCCGGCAUAUACCGCAGAUGAACUAGCCUUCCAAUUAAAGGGCACAAAAGCAAGAGUGUUGGCUACUCAGAUGUCCUGCUUGUCGACUGCUAUCGAGGCCGCAAAGCGGGUGGGUAUCCCAGACGAUCGAAUUAUCCUGAUUGGCGACGAGAGACACCCAACUUCGAAAUACAAACACUUCACAACCAUUCAGAACAUCUCCCGGUCUAUUCGAUAUGCUAAAACCAAAGUUGACCCUGCCAAGGACCUUGCGUUCUUGGUCUACUCCUCGGGCACCACUGGUGUGCCCAAGGGCGUCAUGCUAUCGCAUAAGAAUAUUGUAACAAAUAUUCAUCAGCUCAAUGCCGGAGAAGAGGGAAAUCUAACGUGGAAUGGAGGCGCCGAUGGAUCAGGUGAUAGAUUAUUGGCUUUUCUGCCAUUCUACCAUAUUUACGGUUUGACCUGUCUCGUCCACAAUGCUCUCUUCUCCGGGCUGCAUCUAGUUGUCAUGGCUAAAUUCGACAUCGAGCGGUGGUGUUCCCAUGUCCAAAACUACCGGAUCACUUUCUCCUACAUUGUUCCUCCCGUCGUCCUCUUGCUCACGAAACACCCAAUUGUAGACAAGUACGACCUUUCUUCUCUCCGCAUGAUGAACAGCGGUGCAGCACCCCUCACACGCGAACUUGUCGAAUCCACAUAUGCUCGCAUUAAGUGCGGUAUCAAACAAGGAUACGGACUCAGCGAGACCAGCCCCACCACUCACACCGUGCCAUGGUCAGACUGGAGGCGCCGCGCCGGCUCUGUCGGUAAACUCCUUCCAAAUAUGGAAGCCAAAUACAUGACUUCUCCGGAAGAUGACUCCGAACCCCAGGAGGUACCCGUCGGCGAAGUCGGCGAGCUCUACAUACGAGGACCUAACGUGUUCCUGGGGUACCUGGAUAACCCUGCAGCUACUGCGGCCUGUGUUUCGCCGGACGGCUGGUUCCGUACUGGAGAUGUUGGAUACCAGGACUCAGAAGGCUUCUUCUACAUCACCGAUCGCGUGAAGGAACUGAUCAAAUACAAGGGAUUCCAGGUCGCACCGGCAGAGCUCGAAGGCCUUCUUACAGAUCACGAAGCGGUGUCUGACGCGGCCGUUAUCGGUGUUGAAAGUGCAGAGCAUGGCACCGAGGUUCCUCGAGCGUAUAUCGUGCCGAAUCCCAAGGUUAUUCCGCCUGGACGACGCACCGCGGAGGAAGGAGAGAAGAUCAGCCAAUGGCUUCAGACACGAGUUGCUCCUUAUAAGCGGCUACGUGGUGGAGUUCGAUUUGUUGACGAAAUCCCGAAGAGCGCAAGUGGGAAAAUCUUGAGAAGGCUGUUGAAAGAGGAGGCUAAAAAGGAGGAAGCGAUCGUCAAGGCAAAGUUGUAA